CGUUGUUGUCCACGUGUUGGUGUUUUCGCUGACAGAAGAUUUCUUAUGAUUUCAGUCGACAGAAAAUACUUUAUGCAACAUUGAUGUUUUUGAUGUGACUUCAGAUUUAGAAUACACAAACUCAGAUUAUAAAUUUGCUGUCAUUUAAACAUGCCUCACAGAAAGAAGAAAGCUUUCAUCAAUAAGAAGAACUCUGUGUCCUUUCAUUUGGUGCACAGAAGUCAGAAAGAUCCACUUGCAGCUGAUGAAACGGCACCUCAACAUGUCCUCCUACCUGCCAAUAAGGCAGAUUUGGAGAAAAGGAUGGUGGAACAGAGGAACUUUGGAGUGUUUUUCGAUGAUGACUAUGAUUACCUGCAGCACCUGAGAGAGGUGGAACCCCCCACAGAGCUGGUGUCCGCCCCUUGUGUCCGCAGAGACGCUCAAUCAAAGACCGCAGAGCAGGAGACAGAGGAAGAGGACAUCAGCGUUCCUGUGUCCUCCAUCAACCUUCCCUCGUCUGUGUUCGCAUCAGAGUUUGAAGAGGAAGUUGGUUUGUUAAACAAAGCAGCUCCUAUUUCAGGGCCGCGGCUGGAUAUGGACCCAGACAUUGUCGCUGCUAUGGAUGUGGACUUUGAUUUCAGUGACCCAGAGAACAUGUUGGAUGAUGAUUUUGUCAUCAAGGCAAAUGACAUCAUGGGCAAUAUCGGUGAUGAUGAUGAUGAUGAAUGGGAGGACACAGAUGAGGAAGACGAUGAAGAGGAUUCAACAGGCGAUCUGUCAUUUGAUGAGGAAGGUGCCCCGCGAGAGUUCAUGUUUGGGGAUUGUGAGACGAAGAGUCGUUUUACGGAGUACUCGCUCACCUCCUCCGUCAUGAGGAGAAACGAACAGCUCUCAUUACUGGACGAUCGCUUUGAGAAGUUUUACGAGCAGUUUGACGAUGAUGAGAUCGGAGCGCUGGAUAACGCUGAGCUGGAGGGAUACAUCGAACCGGACAGCCAGCGACUGGAAGAUGUCAUCAAAGAUUACUUCAUACAGAAAGAGAAAGAAUGUCAGAAGCCAGAUCAGUUGGGUCCUGCACAGCUGCCUUCUGUGAGAGAGGAGGAGGAGGAGGAGGAGGAUGACGACGACGACGAAGAGCAGGUGGAAAUGGAGACACUGGUGAUAGAGCCGCCUGUAGAGCGCUGGGACUGUGAAACUAUCAUCAGCACUUACUCCAACCUGUACAAUCACCCCAAAAUGAUCCAGGAGCCUCCAAAUCCCAAACAGAUCCAAGUGUCCAAUAAGACUGGGAUUCCUCUGGACGUUCUGCAAAAAGGCCUGACGGCCAAACAGGUGGAGAGAAUGGAGCGGAUCAACGACUCUGACUUGCCCAGAGCCUCAACACAGCCCCGCUUACGGGAGGAGAGCACAGAGGAGAGGAGAGCCAGGAAACAAGCCAUCAAGACGGAGAGGAAGGAGAGAAGAACAGAGAAGAAAGCAAACAAACUGGCGUUCCAGCAGGAGAAACAGAUGCAAGAGAAACAGAUGGUUGGUUUAAGAGCAAACGUUCAAGGUCUGAAGCUCUCAUAAGACCUUAAAGACCAUCAAGAGAC